UUUCUUAUGAAGGUUAAUCUCUCUCUUUCUUAUAUAUUUAUGUUUGUGUGUGAGAGAGAGUAUAUCAAAGCUGCAGACGAAUUGUCAGAAUCUCUCAGUGCGUAGGUCAACCAAGAAUCUUCAAAAAAAGAGUACUUUGAAGUCAAUUCAAUCUUCUCAACUUUGUAUUAAAAUCACCCAAAUCUUCAAACGGCGGCCACAAAACACCUCUUUUCAAACCCACUGGAAAAAUAUCCAUUCUUGAAUGUCUAGAAAUUUUCAAGUUCUGAAAUGGCCUCGGAUUCCAAAAUUUACAGUAAUCUCUUCAUUUAUUUCUUGAUUAAUUUUUGUAUAUUUUCUGUAUUUGUUUCUGCUGAAAAUCGAAUUACAAGAGGCCAAUCUGUAAGAGACGGAGAAGAAAUUAUAUCAAAGGAAGAAAGAUUUGUACUGGGAUUCUUUAGUCCUAAGGAUUCUGAUCUUAGGUAUGUUGGAAUCUGGUACAAUGAUGUUGAAUAUCAAUCAUUGGUUUGGGUGGGAAAUAGAGCAAACCCCAUCAGUGGCAACGGUGGAGACUUAAGAAUUGGGAAUGAUGGGAAUUUGAUCAUAUUGGAUGGAAAUGCUGAUGUGAUCUGGUCCACCAAUUGCAAAAUUGCAUCAGAUAAUUCCUCUGUUGUUUUAAUGGAUACUGGUGAUCUUGUUCUGCUUGAGAGUCAUGGGAGUGGUGAUCCAAAUAAGGCUUUAUGGAAGAGUUUUGAUCAUCCAACAGAUACAUUUUUACCCGAUAUGCGAGUUUACAUGAAUGUCAGUGAAGGGGAGAGGCACGUUUUCACUUCCUGGAGAAGUGCUAGUGAUCCAAGUGUUGGAAAGUACUCGUUAGGCGUUGAUCCUCGUGGAUCGCCUCAGGUCGUGAUAUGGGAAGGGACGAGUCGAAAAUGGAGAAGUGGGCAUUGGAAUGGCCUAAUAUUUAUUGGUGUUCCAGGGAUGAGGGCGAUAUAUUUGUAUGGAUUUAAGCUAAACAAUGACGCUGAUGGAAAGUUGUACUUCACAUAUACUCCCUCGAAUAGUACUGAUUUGAUCAAGUUUUGGAUUCGAUGGGAUGGAUUCGAAAGGCAAGAAAGAUGGAACAAAGGACUCGAAAAAUGGGAUUUGAUACAAUCGCACCCUGUUGAUAAUGAAUGUGAUCAAUAUAACAAAUGUGGGCCUUUUGGAAAAUGUGAUAUCAAGAGUAGGCCAGUUUGUAGUUGUAUUGAAGGGUUUGUGCCCCAAGAUUUGGAUCAAUGGACUAGAGGGAAUUGGUCUGGUGGAUGCACAAGGAGGAAAAAUUUGGAGUGUUUACCUGAGGUGAAAAGAGAUGGUUUUUUCAAUGCUGAACAAGUGAAAUUGCCUGAUUUUGUAGAUUAUGUGGGACCAGAAGAUGUUGAGGAGUGUGAAAAUAAGUGUUUGGAGAAUUGUUCUUGCACUGCAUAUGCUUUUGUUAGUGGCAUAAACUGCAUGAUUUGGAGUCGGGAAUUGGUCGACCUCGAACAAUUUGAUGAAGGCGGGAGCACUCUGUUCGUUCGUCUUGACCGUUCUGAAUUAGGUGGCAACAGUAAUGCGAUGAAAAUUGUUAUUAUAGCAGUUGUUUUGGUGGGAAUCUUUUCUCUAACUGCUUCAAUCUGGCUCUGCAGGCGCAAAAUGAAAUUCAGAGACCGUUUAACCAAGAGGAAAAAUGAAAUGCCAAAACUCGGUCCAAGUGUGGAAUUUUCCAGCGAAUUUUCAGGACCUGGCGACGUUAGUGUUGAAGGGCCACCAGAAACUGGAACUGAGUUAGCGUUGUUCAACUUUUCGUGUGUGGCAGUGGCUACAAACAACUUCUCGGAUGAGAAUAAACUCGGAGAAGGAGGAUUUGGACAUGUUUACAAGGUAAUUUCACUUCGGCAGAAGAGGUAUAUUGUGUUUUUCCUCUGUCUAAUUGUAUGAAGUUAGCCCCUGUUUGUCAUCCAUUUUCUUCCAUUCUUUUCCAUUAUUUUUCUAUAGUA